AUGGGAAUGCAGGAGAGCCGUCGAUCGUGUCUGUGCUGGAAAGCACGCCGCCUGUCGUCGCGUCAGUCCCGCUGGGCCUCCUCGGCUCGGCGCGUUCGACGGCCGCCGUCGCUCCUCCGCGCUUCCAUCCUCCUCCUCAGCUGCGUCGUCUCGCUCUCGCCACGUGGCUCGGCCUUAUUGGCAGGCAGCGCCCACUGGCGCAACGUUGAGACGCAGUCGCGCCAUUCCCCACAACCGUCGCAGCCCGCGCGGAGGGCUAGCGGGGAGGCGGAAGGGGGAAAUGCGGAAGGGAUGGGGACCGCCGCGUGGAGAUGGGGCGGGGGAGAUUAUGGCGGGGAAGCAAAUGGCGGAAAGGAUAUGGUUAGCCGCGGAGGGGAAGGGGAAAGGAUUGCUGCGGAGAGAGAUGUGCGCGGCAGAGAGGGGGAAGCACGGGCGGGCGAGCGGGUUGAGCGGGUGGGCAUGGGGAUAGGGAUGGGGUUGGGGGCGAGGGGGAGGGAUGGGGGGAAGAGCGGGGGAGCGCGAGGCAGUCGGGAAGGGGACGCGGCGACAAUGGCAUGGGGGGAGGCGGCAGCGUGGGGAGGGGUGAUGGUGCACCGCGCGCAGUGGCACUCCAGCAGACAGCGGAGGAGCGCGCAGGGGGACGGCGGGCAGGGGGGAAGCAGGCAGGCGGACGGCGGACGGAGGGAGGCGGAAAUGGCCAGCACGAACGGGGGCGCGGGCGCGGCGGAGACGACGUUUAGCGCGGGAGCUCCUGGCGUGACUGCGGGAGCGGAUGCAGCUGUGCCGAAUGGGGCGGAUGGGGCGGUGGAGGCGGAGAGGGGUGGGGCGCUCGCGCACCACUCUGUGUGGCGCUCCCAUGGCGGGGCGAGGGAUGCGGAAUGGGGCGGACGGGUGGCGGAAGCGGAGUGGAGUGAUGAGAAGGCAGGAGGGAGCGACGGAAAGGGGGGCGAUGAGUGGGCAGGUGUGUCUGCUGCUGCAAUGGCAGCGGGUGAGACGAGCGGCGCACACGCUGGUAGGGAAGGGGGUGGAGGAGAUGGUGGGAGGGAUGGUGUGCGGGCUGUGAUGGGGGAGAGAAGCGAGAAGAUAGGCCACGAGGAGAGAGCGAGGGGCGGGGAGGAAGCGAAGCUCGAGGAGAGAGUGGGGCAUGCGCAGGGAGGCGAGGGAGGCGAGCGGGGGAGAAGGGGCGUGCCACGCGCGUGGCACCAUGCGCUGCUGCACGGCCACCCGGCCAUACGCGCAUCUCCCCCUCCCCAUCCUUCUCCCCCUCCCUCUCCCCCUCCGCCUCCCCCGCUACUGCUUGCGCGCACAGCAAUGGGCAAGGGCGGUGGGCAUAUAGGGGGGAAAGAGGGCAUGGAAGGGGGAAUGGGCAGCCGCCCACACCAUGCGCGGCUGCACGCGCACGAGGUGGCGCAUGGGGCUCCCCCCGCCCCGUUGCUGGCGCUCACUGCCGCCGCCAGCGAGGGCGGCGGAGGGGGGAGCGCUGGCACACCGUUGCCCCAUGUUCCGUUGCCCCAUGCGCCCCUGCCCCAUGCGCCAGUGCACGAGCGUGCAUCCCCGGGUGAGGGUCCUCCUCUCCCCAUUGAACUCUCGGCUAUUGCUGAGGGUGACGACGGUGGGGGCUCGGGAAAAGAAGAAGGAGAGGCGGGGAAAGGGGAGGAAGUCGCUGGGCUGGUUGCAAGGCCAGGAGGGCAGGGGGGAAGAGGGGAGCGAGAUGGAGGAAGGGGAGUGGGUGGCGAGGGGAGGAGCAGUUGGUGGGUGCACCACGAGCAGAUGCAUCAUGAGCGGUUGCAGGGGGGUACGAGCAAGGAGGAUCAGCAGCAGCAGGCAGGGGAGGGGGUCAGUGCCGGUGAUGCAAUGGGUGAGGGUGGGGGGCGCACGGAAGGGGCGGGGCACGGGAGGUGGCACGUGCAUGGUGCAGUGGAGCGGAAUGGUAAUCACGGUGAUGCACCCAUGGGCGCUGGGCUGUACUUGCACCCCACUCCUCACACACAGCCGGUGCAGCCGAUGCAGCACAUGCAGCACAUGCAACACGCACAACACUCACAGCAGGAUCAUCCGCAGACGCAGCAGGAGCAGCAGGAGGCGAAGGGGCAGCAGGAGCAGGGCGGGGCGGGGGCUGGAGGGGUACAGGUGGCAGGGGAGAGCGACGAGGAGAGGCGAGAAGGCCAUCGCAGCACAUUCCACAUGAGUGAAGGCAGCGCGCAGCACAGGGAGGGUGCAGGCAGCCCUCAGCACAGGGAGGGUGAAGGCAGCGCGCAGCACAGGGAGGGUGAAGGCAGCGCGCAGCACAGGGAGGGUGAAGGCAGCGCGCAGCAGGGAAGGGGCAGCACUGUGGUCGGAGGUGGCAGCGAGGCGUGGGCCACAGAGUUUGUUGGUGGGAGGGAGGAGAGGCGAGGUGAAGGGAGGGGAAGUGGGGGAGUGCACGGAGAGGGGUUGCAGUGGGAGGUGGCGCUGGGCGGAAGGCAGGAGGUGGGGGUAGUUCAGACUGGGGCUGUGAGUGGGGAUGAAGAAGCAGGUUGGACCGUGCAUGGCGUGCAGCAGCACCGACCAGCGUUGCACACGCGGCCAACGGUGCUUCGUCAGGGCGUGGAGAUGCACCGCGUGCAUGGUGAGAUGUCGCGGAAGGGGGAGGCGUGGGAGGAGAGGGCGGAGGCGGCAGCAGAACCAAUGGCAAUGGCUGAAGGCGGGGGUGAAGACACAAGGUGGAUUCGUCAAGGCGGGCAACAGCACCAUCCAGCGCUGCACACACGGCCAAUGGUGCUGCGGCAGGGCAUGGAGGGGCAUAGCGGGGCGGAGCGGGCAGCAGAGGCAUUGGUUGGGGAUGGGGAUGAAGACAUGAGUUGGAUUGUGCUAGGCGGGCAGCAGCACCGACCAGCGCUGCACACACGGCCAACGGUGCUAAAGCAGGGAGUGGAGGGGCAUAGAGGGGCAGAGGGUGCAUGGGCAGAGAGUGGAAGGAUGGGGAAUGUGGCAGAGGGGACGGCUGGGCAUGGGGAUGUGGGCGAAGGUGCUGUGAAGCUUCAGAGAGAGCAUCACAGGCCGACACUCCACGGGGGACUGAUGGCACAGCGGCAUGGGGAGGAGAUUGCACACAGCGGGGCGGAGGGGGCAGCGUGGAGGCAAGGCGAGGCCGGCAAGCAGGGAGGCGAGGACGCAUGGGAGGCAGCGGGUGAGGGAGAAGUGGGCGUUAGGGGCGGAGGGCGAGAAGCCGAGAGGAUUGGGCAAGGGGGGCGUGAGGCCCACAGGGAGCGCGUGGGUGGGCGCGGGGAGGCAGCAGAGGAGGCUGUGGUGGCGCGGGUAGGGGAGCCGGGGGAGGUGGCUGGUGGGGGGAGAGUGCAGGACAGCCCGGAUGGGUUGAGCAGUGGCGGUGAAAGCAGGCAAUUCGGGGCCGAUGGCGGGCAGGGGACGACAGCACACCGCAGCGCUUGGCACUCGCAGCAUACAGGGGAUGGCGAGAGGCUUGGGAGGGCAGAGACGAGCGGGAGGGCAGAGAGGGGUAGGGAGGAGCAGGGGCAGUGGGAGGGGAUGGGGAUGCAGGCAGAGCAGAGUGACAUGCGGCUUGAGGUGGGAGGGGGGAAGACGGGGGCGAUGGGACAGGGGCAGUGGCAGUGGCAGCAAGAGGAUGGGGGAGCUGACCUGCUGACGCCACACCAUGUCGACCCCUCAGGCACGCUGGAUAACUGGAACCCAAAGGACCCCACCCCCUGCUCCUGGACGGGCGUGCAAUGCAACCCCUUCUCACAGCAGGUGGUUGGUCUAGACCUCUCAGCAGCGUCACUUCUCGGCGACCUGGCCUUCCAGGACCCGCCUCUAGGAGCGCUCACAUCGCUGCAGCGCCUGCAGCUGGCGGACAACCUCUUCUCCGGCUCCAUCCCCGACUCGCUGUCUUCUAUCCGCAGCUUACAGGUGCUAGAGCUAGCCAACAAUGACUUGGACGGCAUCAUCCCGCCAACGCUCUUCUCCAACCUGCCCAUGCUCGCCACCGUUGACCUCAGUGACAACACCCUCUCAGGCCCUCUGCCCCAGGACGUGGCAGCCAUGCAGUCGCUGCUCUCGCUGGACGUCAGUGGUAACCGCCUUGAGGGGCCGCUACCGGACAAUCUGUCGCAGCUGCGGCAGGUGUCUCAGCUGGUGCUGGAUGGCAACAAGGGGCUAAGUGGGUCGUUGAGUCCUGCCGUACUGGGGUCCCUUCCUUCGCUGCAGGUGAUCUCAGCUCGAGGCUGCAGCUUCAGCGGCUUCCUGCCGCCCGCUCUCGGCUACGCGCCGCGCCUGCAAUCAUUGGAUCUGGGCGGCAACCAGCUGGCGGGCGGCAUCCCGCCCACGUGGGGGCAGAUGGGCAGCUUGACCUCGCUGGUGAUGGACGGCAACCAGCUGUCUGAAAGCAUCCCCUCCGCCCUCAACGGCCUCUCUGCUCUUCAGAGGCUGGACGUGAGCAGCAACGGGCUCAGCGGCACCAUCCCAACCCUCAAUGGGCUCACCGCGCUCACCGCUCUCAACCUCUCUGCAAACCAGCUCUCAGGACCCAUCCCCACCGAUGGCGUUCUAGGAAGCUUUCCGCCUUCUUCCUUUGCCGGCAACCCUGGCCUCUGCACUGGGAACUGCGCCUCUCCCCCUGCUGUCCGCCCUCCCCCUACCAUUGCUCCCCCUAUCUUCCCCCCGCCGACUCUCUUCCCCCUGCCCGUCCCCAUGGCCCCUCUCCCCCCGCUCUCCCCUCCCCCACCCCCUUAUGUUGAGCCUCCGCCCUACAGUCCUCCCAUUCCGCCCCCAAUUCGCUCCCCCCCACCUGCUCCUCGCCCCCCUCCCCUCUCACCCCGACCUCCUCCCCGCUCCCCCCCCCGUUCUCCCCCACUACCCCCUCCCCUGCGCCCUCCCCCCGCUCCCCCCAAGCCACCCUCCUUGAGGCCCCCUCCUGUUCCCCCCACUCUCCCGCCCUUCCCGCCCCCCUCCUCCCCCAAACCGCCCCCUCCUCUCUUGAAGCCGCCCUCCCCUCCUCGCUCACCUCCCCCCCGCCCCCCUCCCAUUCCGCCCCGUUUGCCCCCUCCCGUUCCCCCUCCCGUACCCCCUCCUGUUCCUCCACCCAGCCCCCCUCUUUCUCCCCCUCGCCCCCCUCCGCUCCCCCCUCCUCUCCCCCCUCCGCGUCCCCCGCCCCGCCCCCCUCCUCACCCCCCUCCUCUCCCUCCGCCCCCCUCGCCUCCCCCAUCCCCCCCACCUCUCCCCCCACCAAGUCCCCCAAGUCCCCCUCCCCGUCCCCCCCCUUCUCCCCCGCCCUCCCCUCCCCCCCCAAGCCCACCACCAUCCCAACCCCCCCCAUCCCCUCCGCCUUCCCCCCCUCCCUCCCCUCCUCCAUCCCCCCCCCCACCAUCCCCCCCAUCACCCCCACCCCCAUCCCCACCUCCUCUCCCCCCAUCCCCUCCCCCGCCACCAUCACCCCCUCCAUCCCCCCCAUCCCCCCCAUCCCCCCCUCCGCCUCCCCCAUCACCCCCGUCCCCCCCAUCCAUCUUCGCCCCCCCCCAGCUGCUCAACCGCAUGGUGCUGCCAUCCAACACCACCAAGCCCAUGCCAGUGAGUGCCAUAUUCGCCUUCUCCCUCUCAGCGGUGCUCGGCGCGCUGCUCAUGGGCGUCUGUUUCACCAUCAACCAGCCCUACUCCUCCUCUGCCCAAUCGCGCGCGUGGGCAGCAGCAGGGGCAGGGGGCGGGGGUGGGGGCGGGGGAGGGGGCGGAGGGGUGCUGGGGGGUUUUUUAGGGGGAGGCGGGGGGGAGGGAGGGGGGGCUAAGAUGGGGAUACUGGGGGCGGCAGGGGGGGCGAUGGCAGGGGCGGCAGCAGGGAUAGCGGGCGGCAGGCAUUCGUCAGCAUCCCAGCAGCUUGUCACAAUGUUUAACGGGCAGACAAUGCAUGUGGACGACCUCCGGGCAGCCACGGAAAAUUUCGGGCCCGGGCAGAUGAUGGUGGGCGGGGCGGGCCCGAGCGGGGCAGUGUCGUUUCUGGCUGAGAUGGCGGACGGGGCGGCGGUUUUUGUCGCGAAGCAGCUGCCGCCCCUGCCGGGGGGAGAUGCCGUCAACUUUGUGUUUGAGGUGAGUCUGGGGGGGGGGGAGAAGGGGAGAGGGAGAGGCAUGGUAGCGUGGGGGGGGGGGGGAGGGGGGGAGGAGGGGUUUGUGAGGGGAGGAGGGGUUUGUGAGGGGAGAGGAGGAGGAAGAGGGCACGAGGCACGCCUGCUAUCAGCAGUGCGGCACGACAACAUUCUGCCGGUGGUGGGGUGCUGGGAGGGCGCAGGCGGGUCAGGCGAGCCCAUGAGGGUGCUGCUGUACGACUACAUGCCCAACGGUGACCUGCGGGAAUUCCUUUACGAUGAGCUGGCGUCACGCAAGUCGCUGCAGUGGCCGGUGCGCUUCCGGGUGGCCAUGGGGGUGGCACGCGGCCUCGCCUUCCUGCACAGCGGGGCGGGCGGCGCGGGCGGCAUGGGCGGCGGGCCGAUGGCGCAUGGGGCGGUGCACCCGGGGAACGUGCUGCUGGACGGCCGCAUGGAGCCAAAACUUGCCGACAUGGGCGUGGCUCGGAUUGCAUUUGAUACGGAUGAUGUGCAAGUGGCCGAUGAGAUCAUGGGGUACACGCCGCCCGAAUAUUCAGCGGGCCCCACCCCCCCAACGCCUGCCGGCGACGUGUACAGCUUCGGCGUGGUCCUUCUCGAGCUGCUCACAGCGCGCCCGCCAGUGGACCCGGCCUUCACAGACAACGGCACGGGCGACCUCAUAGGGUGGGUGCGGGCGACCAUACAGGCGGGGCAGCCGGGGGAGGCGCUGGAUCCGCGCAUGGCGGACGCGGCGGAGAGUGGCGACGAGAUGCUGCAGUUCCUCAAGGUGGCGCUGGUGUGCGUGGCAGAGGAUGGGGAUGAGCGGCCGAUGAUGCGCGAGGUGGUGGAGAUGAUGGUCAGGGCGAGGGAGACCGCGGCGAAGAUCCGAGAGAACCCUCAGAUCAGGGACUUGCUGGACACCCGCACUCACCCACAACAGCACCCGCACUCACCCACAGCAGCCGCACUCACCCACAGCAGCAGCAGCACGAUGUCUUCAGGAAGGCCCUGCAGCGACGAGACGUGGUGGAUGUUUGCCACUAUCGAAUCAGUGCAUAACGAGAACAGCCUGGGCGGGGAGGAGCAAGCGGAGGAGGCAGAGGAGGAGGAGGAGGAUAACGACGAUAGCGCGGAUGGUGCUGGUCGGACUGCCUCAGACCCCAUGUGCCCCGCUCGUGCUGACUCUCGUGCCACGGCUGCUGAUGGGGGCAUAGGCUCACCGCCUGCUGCUGUUGAUGGCCCUCCUAGGCUCACCACUCGCUCUUCGAUUGAGUCACCUCUGCUUAGAAUCACACUGAACCCGCCAUUUCUCGUCCACAGCCCUCCCCCCCACCUUCCCCAUUCUGCUCCUCUCACCGACCUCCUCAACCAGCGAUCCCCACGGCGUCACUAUCGCUCGCUUCGCGCUGCUCCCCCGCCCCCUUGCGCCACCUCCGCUUCCGCCACUACCAGCGCUGUAGUUUCCGCCCCGCCUUGCGCUCAUCCUGCUCUCGCCAUCGCCAUCGUCCGGUGCUCCUGCCGGUGCAUCCCCGCCCCUGAUGCUGCUGCGGCUGCUGCUGCUGCUGCUGCUGCUGCUGCUGCUGCUGCUGCCGUCGCCGUUACCUGCAGGGGUGGCGGCGCUACCCGCCGCUCCGCGCAUCAGCGACGGCUGCGCGCGGCGGUCCCCCUCGUCACCGCGCCCGUUGCGCUCUGCCGCUCCCAGGGGUUCAGCGGCGAGGGCGUAUUCGCGAAGCGAGAAAAGAAACAACAGAAAAAGCGGCCGAAUCAAGCGCAGCAGCAAGAACAACAGGAGGAGGAGAAGGAGAAGUUACCGAGUAACCACGUGCAGCUGUUCGAUCAGGAGGAGCAGGAGGGCGGCGGAACGGAGCAAGAGAGCGGCGCAGCAGCCACGCGGCCAUUCGUGUACGUGUACGACCUGGGGAAGCAGCUGACGUCCAAAGUGCUGAAGCUGGAGCUGGAGUGGUACUCGGAGCAGUACGAUUUAGAGAAGCACUUAACGGAGAUGCUUAUGAGGCGUACAGACAACCCCGUGCGCACCAUGGACCCCGAGCAGGCGUCGCUGUUCUUCGUGCCCUUCUACGUGUCGCGCUACCUCUUCUCCUUCUUCCAUAACGACAAGAAGAACAUGCGGCAAUGCAUCGAGAAGAGCUCACGGGCAUGGACGAAAGUCCUGAAAGCCGUCCGCACCACCUUCCCCUACUUCAACCGCACCAACGGCCGAGAUCACUUUGGCAUCCUGACGCUCGAUCACGGCCGUUGCCACUCGCUCACGUUUGUGGAUCCACGGCUGGUGGGCGAGAUGUUCUUUGUCACGUACAAUGGAGACAAGCUCGUGCGCAGUGACCAUGCUGCUAACGAUCCCAGCAUGCAGCUCCUAUCAUACCAGUACGGCGCACCAGCAGACCCCACCAUCCCCUCCAUCCCAUGCUACAUGGCGGACAGAGACAUCCCCGUGCCCGUGAUCGUGCGCGCCCAGGUGCCGUUCGUGUCUCCCUUUGCCACGCUGCGCAAGUGGACGGCUAUUUUCCGCUUCGUGGCGUCGCCCCACAAGCACGUGCUUCUGGACGUGCGAGCAUGA